AAAAAGUAUCAGUUUUUUCGUCUUUACUUCAAAUUUUCGUGAUGGCCACACCCUUCGAACAAAAUAAAGAAUAUGUCAUUUUAAAGGACAUUUAAAAAGGCAUAAAUAAUGCUUACUUUUAUUUUGUUCGAUAGGUGUGGCCACGUCGAAAAUCGAACUUUUCUUUCAGCGUCAAAAUCCUCAGAACGAUAAAAUCCCGGGAAACCCUAUUGUUUUAUAUAUAAUAACGGUGUUACAAUGUUGGUCUAAUUGAAAAACGGUUUUUAUUGCAAAUACAUGUAAAUAAAAUGUAUGGGAUUGCUUUAUUUCUUAGUUUUAUUGGGAAUAAUAAUAUAUCAAUGAAAUCUGGUCGUUCCAUUUAUAACAGGCCCUAUACAUAGCGUUAUAUAUUAGCCAGUGUUCUGACCGAUAUUUUUUUCUAUGAAAUUGUGGAACUUCACUUAUUAAUAUGAUGAUGCUUGAAAUAAAAAAAAAUAUAUCAAUAGGCAUAUUGUAAACUUUCGAUUGAUGCUUUUCCGAAUUCCUACCAUCGGCACCGUGUCGCCAUGGUCACUGUUUACUCAACGGGAGAUAACUCGAAAUGAUGUAGGCUACUAGAUUUCACAUAGCCAAAAUUCUGUUCAAGAUUGCGAAAAACACAAGCUUAGAAGAUGGAGGACACAUAGAUAUACCAUGGAUACAACGACUUGAAUAAUGCCCGGUGGUGGACCAAAGUUUUUUCCAUGUGUACUGUGUAACAAACGGACAAAGCCACGGGAGAGACGUAAAAUAACAACACAGGAAACUCAUUUCCUUCAGAAAACCUUUCUUAUUACAGUCAAAGAUACUAAUGACACAUUGUGCAACAGAUGUAGGCAUAAAUACUAUGCUGCAGAAAGACAGAAAAUUCAAGUUGUCGCUAAAAAUGAUGAAAGCAACGAUGAAUACAUUCCCACACCAAAACGUCCAAAAUCCAGCGCUCUAUCAAGUCCACCCUCUAUCUCUUUGUCGAUCCCCUCUACCCCUAAAAGUCAUGCACAGUGCUUUUUGUGUAAGCGUCCGGGACCAAAGCUGGUGGUGGUACCAUCAAACGCGAGAUUUGAUGUGUUCAUGAACUGUGAGAUUAUUGUACCAGCGGGUAGUCGAUGUUGUCCCAAUCAUUUGGAAAAUGGUGAAUUUAAAGCCGAUAUGUUGCAUAGCAUAAAGACAGCAAAUAGCUCACUCCUUAGCAGGACGUCUAUUACUGAACUGAUCAAAAGUUUACGAACAGCUGCACAGCAAAACGAAAAUCGCAGAAUUGAUUUUGAAACAUCGUCCAACCUGACAAAUAAUGAUUAUUUGAAUCUGACUGGAAUAUGCAAAGACGCUUUCGAUGAAAUCUGUGCAUCAGCUUUAAAAGAUCUUAGAAACACACCCGCUAGGACCACACGAACAUCUUUGGGCAUUUUCUUAUUCAAACUGAAAUCUGGACUUUCCAAUAAAAUACUUUCAACCAUCUUCAACAUUUCUAAAUCUAGUUUGCGUCGAGCCAUAGCAUCUGUAAGAAAGUCUCUCGUUGCAUCUUUUGUUCCACAGAACUUGGGUCUUCAGCAUAUAUCACGUGAAGAGGUAAUUGAAAAGCAUACGAAACCUCUAGCGCAGACAUUGUUUGGAGAUAUUGGGAAUUCACAAGUGAUUUUAGUAUUAGAUGGUACUUACAUCUAUAUCCAAAAAAGUAAUAAUUUCCAUUUCCAGAGACGUUCGUACAGUGUCCACAAAGGAAGACCGUUAGUGAAAGCGAUGGUGGUCGUAACGACAACAGGCCAUUUUGUAACAGCGGUUGGACCUUACCUCGCAGAUAAUAAGAACAAUGAUGCAAACAUCCUUACCCAUAUGCUAAAGUCAAACUUGGAAGACAUUAAACACUGGGUGCAAGAAAAUGACAUAUUUGUUGUCGACCGGGGUUUUAGAGAUGCAAUAAGUCUACUGGAGGAUAUGGGGAUAAAAUCAGAAAUGCCAUGCUUCAUGAAACGAGGGGAUAAGCAACUGUCGACAGAGGAUGCUAAUGCUAGUCGUUUGGUUACAAAGGUGCGAUGGGUAGUGGAGUCGGCGAAUGCCCGAAUAAAGAGGUGGAAGUACCUUGACAAAGUUAUCCCAACAAACCAAGUCCCUUACAUUGGAGACUACAUAAGAAUUGUCUGCGCCAUCUCUAACAAAUUCUUACCUCCACUAUCACCAGCCCAUGACGACGAUGUUGCAGUGGCGGCUAAAAUGUUGCAUCUUAGUCGUCAGGUCAAUGUGCUGAAAGAGCGAGUGGAGGCAGAGAGCUUGCACAGUAGGAAAUCCUCGAUGUGGAGAGAUGCUUCAACCAUCGAUGAUUUCCCGAAAAUGACCGAGGAACAGCUACGUGAGAUGACAUGUGGGUCCUACCAGCUUAAACUCUCAAGGUGCUACAUCCAAGAGCACCUUGACGGAAACCACGACAUCCUCGUUCAUAGAGAAGAUCCACAACUUCUAAAAGUUAAGAUGCAGAGCAGACACGUGUCUUCAAAAGCACAUGUCUUGUGGAUAUCCUACAACGAAGUUGAGGUCACAGCAUGGUAUUGUCUGUGUAAGACCGGGGCGAGAGUGGUUGGUGUGUGUGCACACGUUGCGUCCGUCCUGUGGUAUCUCGGGUAUGCCAGACACAAACAGGACUCUUUGAAUAUUGGGGUUAGGAACUGGGGGGUCUAUGUCGAAGACGCAGCCAGCCUUCCAGAACCAAUAGACGCAUCUGACAGCGAGGACAGCACCAUAGAAGAAUGAACACUUUAAAAUUUACUUUUGCACAUACUUUGUAUUGGUAACGUGGUCUCUCAGUUUUCUCAUUAUAGAUGUUUAACUAUUUAAGCAACAUUGGUUUUUUUUCCCAAUUUAUGAACAAUAGUGAACAUAUUUGAUGGCAAAAAACAGAUAAUGAUAAUAUAUAAUAUUUAGCUAUGAUAUUCUUAUUUACGUAAUUGCAUUUUUUACCCAUAUAGUAACAAUUUUAUUUCAUUGCGCUAGACUUAUUGCUUAAAAGUUAUUGUGCGCACAUAAUAGUACUAUAGUAUAUGUUUCUUUUGAAAAGAUGGACAUUUUAAAGUGUUGCAUUGGAUAUCCGUGAGAUAAACGGGUAUAUGAUCUUAAUGAUGCAUUCAUUUAUUAAUUAUACCACAUGCAAUGUAUAUUCAUGUUGAAUGGUUUCUAGUUUGUUAAAAUUGGUGCAAAAGUGUUAUUGUUAUAUUGAUGUUAGUUGUAGUAUCAUUGAUAUUUAUUAUCAACUCUGACAUGUAAUAAAUGUGACGUCAGUCACGUCAUUGAACGUUUGUAAUUUUAACAUUAAACAAGCGCUCUUUCCAUGCGUCGUUCAGCAUGGAUAGGGACCAAACCAAACCAAGACUUUUAUUUUUGUGAAGUAUAUUGACCUGAGAUUGUUUCCUGGUUAUAUCGUAAAAUUCGGAGACUAGGCUGAUUUUGACCC